GGGUUCCCAUCUAAUAUAAAAAAGAUACAGGUUAUUAUGGCAGCCCCCAGUAGACUGACUCCAUCGGCAUAAGCCGUUGAGUGAUCAACGACAGUAGACGAGUGAUUCUGGAGUCUGGCUAGUGUAGCGUGUACAAAGAUAUACGCUACAUGUUGUAGGCAGUGUUUCUGUUUGUCAGCGUUUUUAGCAACUGUCAACAGUUUAAUCGCUGACUCAGCCUUAGGUACCAACUGCUAUCAGUAUCAGUGAGUAUCACUAGUAGGAAUCUUCAACAUCUGAAGCUAAGUGAAAAGAUCGUAAUGGCAGCUGCACAAAUUGCUGACAUCAUUGGAGACUGGGAUGACCUCAUCAAAGACUAUCGAGAAUUUGAGGAUACCCAUGGACACUAUAUGAAGAAAUAUGAAGAGAUGACUGGGCUCCAAAGGCAAUGUCAGUCCCUUCUCACAGCACAGCAGAAACAAUUGAAGACCCUUCAGACAAAGAUGAAAGGGGCGUCGCCAGUGGCAGGAGCAGAAGAAGAGAAGCGGGACCAACUGAUAACUAAGAGAAAGCAGCAGCUUAAGAACAUCGAAGAGACUCUUCCAAAGAAGAAUGGAAUGUAUUUGAACGUCAUUUUGGGAGAUGUAAAUACAUCACUACUGAACAAGGCUGAUAGGUUCAAAUACAAGGAACAGUACGAGCAUUUCAAAUUGGUGUUGACUGUCCUCAGCCUAUGUCUGUCUAUAGUUGCACUUAUAUUUGAUUACCGGGUCAUAGAUAGACUCCUCGACUACCUGCUGGUCUGGUACUACUGCAUGGUGACGAUCCGAGAGAGUAUUCUUAGGAUAAAUGGCUCUCACAUCAAGGGAUGGUGGCUCACCCACCAUUACAUCACGGCUGUCCAGGGCGGUAUCAUAGUGACGUGGCCAGAAGACGAGCCAUACGAAGCAUUCCGCGUACAGUUCAUGUGGUUUGCACUUUACCUGUCGAUAGUUCAGCUCUGUCAGUACCGAUACCAGAAAGGUUGUCUGUAUAGGCUACGAGCAUUGGGAGAGCGACACAACAUGGACGUUACUGUUGAUGGCUUUCACGUGUGGAUGUGGCGAGGUCUCGGCUUCUUGCUUCCCUUCCUGUUCUUUGGCUACUUCUUCCAGCUUUACAAUGCAUACACACUGUACCAGCUGAGCUACCACCCUGCAGCCGACUGGCAGGUACCUGUAACAGCUUGCAUCUUCUUCAUCCUUGCAAUCGGUAACAUCUUGACAACGACUCAGGUGCUGCAACUUAAGCUGAGGCAGAGGCUACAGCAGAAGUUUUGGCCUUCCGACUCCAAGAACCCAGAGAACUUGUGCAAGAGCGGAUAAACGGUGUAUUAACGUGGUGACAGACCUGUUCUUGUUAUUCCUGGCCCUGAGUACCACACCUAUAAACAUUCCCUUAUUACUACUUCUUAUUUCGUUCCACAAUGGUGAGGGUGUAUAUUUAUGUUCUUUGAUUAUUUCAGAAAUAAUUGGCAGCUUGAUGUUCAGUGUUUGUAGAUGACGUUGUGUCCGUGAACAAAAUGUAUUCUUCGUUUUAAUAGUAUAUGGUUAUCUUAUGUUGCCGUAUAAUGAAGGGCUGAGAUAUUUUACUUACAUUAAUGCGGACAAUUAAGAGCAAAUUAAUUUUGGUAUGUUGACCGCUCUCCUCCGUGGGCCCAGUUAUCAGAACACUGAGUAUAUACAGAAGUGCCUUUACAGUGGGAGAGUGGAGAACUUUAAUGUUAUAAUAUAUACACUGUCACUUGGAGGUGGGAUGAUGUUGUUGUUGGUGUCCGUGUUUGUGUGUUAGCGUAAAAGCAAGUGUGUGUGUGUAUGCAUGCAUGUCUGCAUGUGCAGAGGUUUGCGUUCUCCAUGCGUGCGUGAAUGUGCACGUGUGUGCGUGCGCGUGCGUACUUGCAUGUGUACGAGGGUGCGUGCAUACGUCUGUGUGUAUGUACAGAAACCUGCCUUCAGGGGAGGGUGGAUGCUGUAAGUGGUUUGUUCUGCCAGAUGUGAACUUUGUGUGUGUACUAGUGGAUAACAUAUCAUACCGUGCAAGUUGCCAUGCAUUCAACUACCAUUGAUAAGUGUUUACGAACAAUAUAGCUAGAAUAAUAGCUAGAACAAGGAUGAUCAACUACCAAAUUAAGAUUGAAUUCACGUGAACUUGAUGUGCAGGGGAUUCCGCGAGUGUGCUGAACGAAAACCGAAAUUUGCAGGGCUGGAUAUAAUUAAAACUCUGCAAAUAGGAGAGGAGGAGUUUAUGCCAAAUAGUAGCAGUCAUUUAUAUUAAACUGCCCUGUGAUCCAGGGAUGAACCCCGAAAAGGUGUCAAUGAUGUGCAUUUCCUAAUUUAUUGAUUGUUUGAAAUUUAGCAUGAUUCGAUGAGUUGCUAGCGAUAAGUUAUAUAUAACAUUUCGAUGAGCUACUGAUUGAGAAACGAAGAACGUAUAUUUUUACAAUGCUGUUGUCAUGAUCGUUAAAAACAGUCAAGAUUUUACUGACAAUAGAGUGCGUUUAUAACGUCUACCAGCUACACAUUUCUACGAAGUCAUGUGUAUUUAAUCAUGGUGAUAGAUUAUUUGUUAUUAAAGGUGAGGUAUAUUGAGCAGCACGUUACACAGCUCCGUAUUAAUGAUUUCUAUUAGACACGUAAUAAAAAGUCGUUUUUUGUUAGUUAUGUA